AUGGCAGACGACUACCUACCUGCUGAAAAACGAAUUCAUUACUCGAACAAUGCAGGAAGUUCACAUUCGGUAAGACCCUUCCAAAAAAAUUUAUUUCUUCAGGGAAACCCUUACUUACCUACAGACACUCAACCUCCUGAGCUGGCACAAGAACAACGUGGUAUGGAACGAUUCCAUUACUUUGAAGAAAAGUUUAACUUAUAAAUUUAGCCCCAUCUGGCCAUGUUGCAGCAGGUAAAACGUUGGCAGACUUCUUGACCGAUGUCAAGGCGAUCACACCGGUUAUUCCCGACAGUGUAGCCCAAUAUUACAUGAAGAAGAAUGGCUUAAACAAUGAGGAUCCUCGAAUUAUUCGUCUUAUUUCUAUUGCUACACAAAAAUUUAUAUCAGACAUUGCUUUAGAUACUAUGCAAUCAGUAAGUUGUGAAGCUUUUGUUUCAUUACAAAUUUAGGCACGAAUGCAAGGAUUGGGCCAGCUGAAAAAAGGAAACAGAGACGCAAGAUUUGUAAUUAAUACUGAGCUACUAGAACCUGUACUCGAAGAGUACGGUAUUCCCUUUGAUAGGCCUAACUUUUAUCAUUGAGUUAUUAAUAAAUUAUGAGUUCAUCGAGACCACACUACCUAAUUGUUUGUGGUAAAAGCCCUGUACCUAUAGUUGACAUUUUAAUAUGGUUAGGAUGAGGUCUUUAGGCUUUAGAUAUGCUCAGGGUCGGCUUCCCGGCGAUUCUUUUCUGGUGGAUCCGCAUUUGGACUUUAGGACCGUUUUGUCCAAACAAGGCUUUGAGAAAAACUUGCUUAAGCGAGGAUACUUGGGAUCGUUUGAUUCGCUGAAACAGAAUUAUAACAGAUGGUGGAACGCGUUUGUGGAAUACUCUCAAAAUGAAACGGUAGGUUUCUGUUUCCAGUCAUUGUUGAGCAUUUAGGUUGAACGGAAGCGUUUUUUGAAAGAGCAGUGGCAUGGGUUGCAAUCUGUUCUGCAAUUGCCGAAUACUCUUAAAAACAUCGAUUAUCUAACUGACAGAAGAAUAUCAGAUGGGAAUGCGAUCGUGAAGACCCUCGAUCCACGUACUCCAUUUAUAGCGGAAGUGGCUUUGAACACGUUUUUGGAUGGAAUAGCAGGAAGUGUAAGGCUAGCAACUCCUUCUAUCGUGAGGAAAGCUGUUUUGGAAGGCUGCCAUGUGGACUUGAAUUCAUUUCCUCGAAUCCAUGACAGUGAUCCGGAAUGUUUUGUCGUUGGUAUGUCUUUCCGAGCCAUGUUUAUAUUUAUAACAUUUUUGAAUUUAGGUACCUCUCUGCCUUCACAAGUAUCCGUUCUGAUUGAUAAAGAAUUUGCAAAUAAGAAUAAUUUCCCGAUUUCCUUUGUUUCUCUCGGGAAGGGAUAUCAAAUUAUAAACAACAGAAUGGAAGAACUGAACCAAGUGUCCUUAUUGAGAGUUGGAAGAUCCAUUUCAUGUCCGAUUGAUGGGUUUAUGGAUUUGUUGAAUCAUGUAUUCGGGCUGAUCUCUUCGUUUCUUCCCAACGCUAGUAUUAGAAUCGUUCUUCCGACCGAUUUGCUAAAUUACGAAGAUGCAGCCAUCACAAUUAUUGCCAAUGACAUCACUGUAGCACGAGUCUCAUCCAUUGGGCAAUUUAUCAGUAGACGUCUUAAAAUUGUCGACACGGAUUCCUUUGUAAACCUUGCUCAUGGUACCGUUUACUGCAGUUUUCUAAAUAAAUUUUAAUCACUGAAGUCAUUCUUAUCUUUUCCUGUUUUUACCAAUCGAUACCUUUAACGCUUUUAAAUACUGAAUGCAACAUUUAUUUAGAUGAUCAUGGAGAAGAUCCAGAGUUGGUUGAUACGACACAGGGAUCAGACCAAUGUCACGUACUCUCGUUUUGGCCGAGGAGGUAAGUCGCCGAUUUCCUGUUCUUUAUUUUAGAUGGGGAAGCGGACGAUCGCCCGUUGCCGACCAAGAUCAUUGUAGCUCCGUUCGAUGAAAACGCCCCCGAAUUUAUGUUUGUCCAGUACUGGCAUGUGCAGAAGGUGGCUGUGGUAUGUCUAAAGCUAAACAACAACGUUUUUAUAAUUUAGUUUAAUUCUUGCUUUGGUCUGGCCAUGGUUGUUCUUUUUUUCGUAUCGAGUUUCUUUGAAUUCAACUGGUAUCACCACAGAAGAGGAGUUGAUAUUUCGGCUCUUCUGGGACUAUUUGUUUACUUGGGGCUUGGAGUUAUGAUCCAUUACUACGUUUUAUGCGGCAUCAAAAAGCAGGAGCCAUCUUAUCUACUGCCCUUUAUCGUUGUAUAUUCGGUAGUGUGUACAGGAGAAAUUGUGACAUUGUUUGCCUUGCUGUAAGUGCUAUGUUUAUAACUAUAUACGAAAGUUUAGAUUCAAAUCGUUGGAGCCUCCUGAUGCUACGCAGCCUCCUUUCUUCACGAUGUUUAUUCUGGUCCUCAUUUUUGCAGUUGUCCAAGGAGUGAUGCUAUACGUCGUCGUUCAAUGCAGAAAGUAUUUGUCAAUGAAAAAAAUGCAUGAAUUUGAGAUGAAAGUGGCAGAACGAAGCGUAAGUUUAAAUUUCCAGUCUUGGCGUAACGAAAUUAAUGCGCGUCUUGACCAAUCAUUCCCACAUUCAGAAAACCAGUAAUCCCUCAAUUAUCAUCGAGUUCGCUGCCGAAAAUGAUGCUGGUAUUGAAAAUCCCAACAGUGAAUCUCAACCUCCAGACUCCAUCAUCGGCAUUACGUCCCAUGGCUUAGUAUAG